GUUCCCUUCAGUAUAACACAGGAAAUGAAGUGAGUGGUCUAAAGAGAGCAGCGGCAGCAGAGAGACGAGCAGAGCUGCCGUGGAGGUGAAAACAGACAUGACGGACAGAAAGAACCUGCAGAGAGCUCUGCUGCUCACCUGUCUGCUUCUAACAGGUGUCAGGUGUGAAAAAGAGGCAGUGUUUUUGUACCACAGACUCGGAGAGGACGCCGUCCUGCCAUGCACCAAACUGAGUUCCUCAAACUGCUCCCUCGUCACCUGGACCUCCUACAAAGGAGGCACGGUGGAGUACACCGAGGAGGUCAGCCGAGGGAAGGUGAAGGCGGACUCAGACAAAGCCACCCGUAUGUCCCUCACGUCCAGCUGUGACCUCAGCCUCCGUGACCUCAGGGAGAGCGACGCCAACUCCUAUGCCUGCCUGAGCCAAGAAGGCAUCAACACUGAGGUUUACCUCUCCGUCCUCACCAUCACUUCACCCUCCACCAUCACUGACCUGCAGCCUGGAAGAAACCUCACCCUGAACUGUGUCCUGUUCACUUUCUACGACGCUGGCAACUGCAAGUCGUUCUCCAGCAGCUUCAACCUCGGAUGGGUGGCCGAGGAUGGCAGCAGGCUGCACAAAGACAGCAGGUCUAACUUUAAAGUACCAGCUGACUGUUUACAAUCACUGCAACAUCACCCUGGUCACAAAGCUCCGGCGGGAAGACAACAACAGGAGGUGGAGGUGUCAGGUGAACACCAGAGAAAACAACACGGUGGUGUUUCUGGACCUCAUGUCUGCCUUUCUGUUCGAAGAUCCUCCACCUGUCCCUACUGCAGGUUGUUCAGAUUGUUCAGGUUGUUCUUACCUGCCCAUCAGCCGCAUCGUGCUCUGCGUGGCCCUGCCGGUCAUGGUGCUCAUCGUGGGAUUCUUCACGUGGAAAGCAGACCGCAAGAGGGCCAAAACAUCUGCAGCUGGCAUCGAGCUCUGAGAAGUCAGCUGAUUGUUGAUCACUGUGUCUGUUCUCGUGUUAUUUCUGGCUUUGAGAAGAGUUUCUCUACUUUUUGAUUUAAGAAUUUAUCAGACCACAAAUAUAUUUGAUUUGGGGUCACAUGGAGUUUGUAUCAGAUACUGUAUUUUUAUCAGGAGUUUCAAACAUAAACUGGAAAGAUCAGAACAGAACAAAGAGUUGAAGUAGUUUAAUGCCAAAUUAGUUUUAAUUAGUUGAAUUUGUGCACAAACAGAUCAUUCUUGGCAACGCGCCUAAAGUUUGUAGAUGUUCCUCAUGUGUGACUAUUUUAACUGGUUUUUUUUUAUUUAUAUUUUUGGCAUUUCACAUCUGAAUAUCAAAUUAUUCCAAGUCUCAACUAAAAUGAUCAUCUACACUUCACAGCAGCAGUUAUAGAGGAACUAAGCUAACCUCAAUAUUUACAAGCCUCCACACACUGAAGCUCCAGCUGCACUGGACGUAACUGACCUGCUGCCUUUUAACCACUUUUCUUUCCUUUGAGUGAAGGUUUAAUUUGGGCUGAGCUGUGUUGUGUUAUCAUGAUCUUACUUAUUAAUUUGAAAAAGAUUGUGAACUUUAUUAAUAAACAUGGCUGUGUUACAUGAAACAUAA